UAUACAUCGCUCACCUGACGUUUUGAGGUUAUGUGCAAAUGUUUAGUUGCAAGUGUUUAACUUUUCGUGUUUCAAUUUAAUUACGGAAUAAUUUUAAAAAUAAAAAUGAACUUUUUAAGAAAAUGUAUUCAAAAUGUUCCCCAAAUUAAGUCCAGUUUGGUGUCGAACGUACAAAAUAGGAAUUUAUUGGACAUAACCUCUCUAACUAGUAGGUUAUCAGGACUUAAUAUGCAAGAAAGAACAAUGGCUUCUCUUCAACAAAUGCACAGAUCAGGCCCCCACCGUAAAAUACGCAAAGCUCGUCAACCCCUCGAUGGCAACCCUUUGAUGAAAGGGGUAGUAAUCAAAACCGUGAUCAAAAAGCCGAAAAAGCCCAAUUCAGCCAAUAGGAAAUGCGUGCUCGUUAGGCUGUCCAAUGGAAAAGAAAUGGUGUCGUAUAUUCCUGGUAUUGGACAUAAUUUACAAGAACAUAAUAUUGUAUUAUGUCGUGUUGGAAGAGUCCAAGAUUGUCCUGGAGUUAAAAUAAAAUGUGUUAGAGGAAAAUAUGACUUAAGCCAUGUUAUUAUUAAUAGAAAAUAAUUGUUGUAAUAAGAGUUGUAAUAAAUGUUAG